AUGGUAGGCGGUACCACUGGCGGUGACCCAAAAGGCCGGACAUGUUUACGAUGCCCCGCGACUAUUUCCCUCUACUUCUAUCUCCUUCAAUGUGAGAAGUUUUUCAAUUUUGGCAGAGGAGAGGAAGGAAUAAUGAAACUCUUCGCUUUCGGCUCCAACGGCUCCGGCCAACUAGCCCUCGGCCACACAGAAGAUGUCUCCACGCCUACACAAUGCCUCUUCGACGAGCCUCCAGCAACAAACGAUGCAAUCGUCCACAUCGCCGCUGGUGGAAACCACACACUCCUAUUGACAAAGAGCGGCUGUGUAUAUGCAGCGGGGUGCAACACCGAUGGCCGAUGUGGUUCUCGUACAUCUGAUUCUGGAGAGAAUCUACUACACUUCCGACGGGUUAUUCUGACUGAUGCUGCAACGGGAUCGCCCAUUGAUACAUUCAAGUGCGUGUCUGCGACGUGGGAGGGGAGUAUCUUGGCUGCUAGCGUGCGGAAAUCGGUUGAUUCGAAUGUACACGAGGAUAAGGUGUACGUUCUGGGAUCAAAUCCAAAGGGUGAAUUGGGUCUCCAGCUACAAUCUACAUCCACUCCUGGUGACAGUGUGGUCCAGCCCGGAUCGUUUAUCCCGGAUUUUCCACCACAAGAUACGACUGUGGUUGCACUGGCUAGUGGAAUGGGUCAUACGGUCGCUGUUUUGUCGAAUGGCGACGUUCACGGCUGGGGCGGUUCGCGGAAGGGGCAAUUAGGCGAGACUCUGAAAGCACAAAAGAUUGUCUGGGCUCCGGCCAAGGUCGAGGGAAUUCCAUUCGCAGCACAGAGUGCGGUUUGUGGGCGUGAGUUCAGUGUUGUCUGUGGAGAUCGCGGAAAGGGCGAGUUUGUUGUUCUGGGAGACAUGGCCAAUCGAUGGGGUAUUUUGGACGUCCCAGCGUCUCUACAGAAUAUGGGUUUAGAUGGGAAUGGAAGAUUUUCGGGAUUCUCGAACAUUGGAGCAAGCUGGCAUGGUGUUUAUAUACAUGCUAUCUCUCAGGAGUCUGCUGAACCCCAUUCUGCUCCUCUCAUUGCAUGGGGUCGCAAUGAUCGUGGCCAACUCCCGCCUGACAAUUUGCCCCCUCCUGUCAAAAUGGCCGUUGGAAGCGAACAUGUGCUUGUGCUGAUGCGUGAUGGCACGGUGGCCUCUUUUGGAUGGGGCGAGCAUGGAAAUUGUGGACCUGAUACCGAUGGGCGAGGGAAUGUUGCCGGGCGGUACAGCUUGAUCCCUCUGGAAGCUGUUUCCGCUAGCGGUGGGCGAGUCAUUGGCCUCGGCGCUGGAUGCGCGACAAGCUGGAUUGUUGCAGAGUGA